GCGGGAUGAUGGUUACCUUCAUAAAGAGGUACUAAUACCGUCUACUAUCAAGAUGCAUAUCUUAGCCUUCCGGUUGCUGUUCAUCGUUUCAGAUGUGUAUAAGAUGGAGUUAUCGGCGAUUUCUAGCUGUCUUUUGUCCCCCAAAGACGUGGCAGAGCUGAACUAAUGUCGACUCUCAGCGGAAGCGCCUUCUUACUUCUAUGCUUUGCCUUCGUACAGUGUUCUUUUGUGAACGCUGAAUGCUUCAACUGCGACUCUCCCGGACUUGACCUAAGCCUAAUAAUCGGUCUGGUAGUUGGGAUAUUCGCGCUUCUCACACUGCUGAGUCUAGUCUUCGUCUGUUGGCGCCGAAAUCGUAUCCGUAACUUCCAACGGACGUACGUUGAGAACCGCCAAGCCCAAGUAUUUGCCGCACAACAAGUGCAGCAGAACUAUCAAGCAGAGCUUAAUGCUCAGUAUUCAAACUAUCUGCAAGGCUGGCAGCCCGUCUCGGCGCCUGAACCUGUGCAUCAGCACCAUCAAGCCCACCCUCAGCAUCAUAUACAAUACUAGCCGAUGUACGCCCCACCAAUCCUUUGAUCUACUUCAUGUAUACAGAAUCGAACGCGUGCUGUUGCUCCAGUUUCUCGCUUGCAACCGUCUACACGUUU